GCGAGCGCGGAGGCGGAAGUUCCCCGCCAGGCUGAAGGGGACGGCGCAGGCACUGGGAGCCACUUGUCAGCGCUACUCUUGAGGCGGAGGCUGCGCCGCGCGGGUCCGGGUUUCUUUCAUUGAUUUUGGAACUGCACAUUGAACCCUUGGAACCAUGAGCAACUACAGUGUGUCAUUGGUCGGCCCAGCUCCUUGGGGCUUCCGUCUCCAAGGUGGCAAGGAUUUCAACAUGCCCCUGACAAUCUCGAGUCUGAAAGAUGGUGGCAAGGCAUCACAGGCACAUGUGAGAAUAGGCGAUGUGGUCCUCAGCAUUGAUGGAAUUAGCGCACAUGGAAUGACUCAUCUUGAAGCCCAGAACAAGAUUAAGGGUUGUACAGGCUCUUUGAAUAUGACUCUGCAAAGAGCAUCUGCUGCGGCCAAGCCUGAGCCCGUUGCUGUCCAGAAGCCCACAGUCACCAGCGUGUGUUCCGAGCCUGCUCAGGAGCUAGCAGAGGGACAGAGAAGAGGAUCCCAGGGUGACAUUAAACAGCAAAAUGGGAAAAUUCCACCUAAACGCCCACCGAGAAAACACAUUGUGGAGCGCAACACGGAGUUUUACCACAUCCCUACUCACAGUGAUGCCAGCAAGAAGAGGCUGAUCGAGGACACUGAAGACUGGCGCCCACGGACUGGAACAACUCAGUCUCGUUCUUUCCGGAUCCUUGCACAGAUCACCGGGACCGAACAUCUGAAAGAAUCUGAAAAUGACAAUACAAAGAAGGCAAAGUUUGACAGUUCUCUGGAAGACCUACUUAAGAGCGGACCUCACCCACCUGCAGCUCCCCAGGUGUUAAACAUUCAUAGUCAAGUGGCCACAUUUUCUAAAGUAGCAGCCACUUACUCUAGCAGCUCUACAGGGACUGUAGAAGGCUCUUUGGAAGGUUCUGGAAACUUUUCUGCCUUCUCCCCUCCUGCUAGAUACAGUGCUGCAGUUGUCAGUGGUGCGGCUGCUACUGUGUCUGCUGCUCUUGCUGCAAAAAUCAGGCUCUCCGGCCCUGAGAACUCCCAGUCCCUCCUGGAUGCACUUGGCAUCAGCACUGUUCCCAAGCCUCUAGCUCUUUCCUGUCUUCAGUCCUCCAGGAAGUCAAGUGGCUCUGUCCCUGUUAAGAAAAGCAGUAGCACCCAGGAGCCUUCUCAGCAGUCAGCGUCACCAGGAGCGUCGCCUCUGAGCAACUCUGAGAGCCUAGAGAGCCCAGGUUCAAGCAAGCCAGGGGUGGCUGGCCUCAGGACCGCGACUGCCUUCAAGCCUGUAGGAUCUACCAGCGCCAUCAAGUCACCAAGCUGGCAGCGUCCAAGCCAAGCAGCACCUUCUACUGGAAGAAUUACAAACAAUGCAACUUCUUCAGGUACAGGGGUACCUGCGGACUCAGCUGUGGGGCCGCCAAGUGACCAAGACACACUGGUGCAGAGAGCCGAGCACAUUCCAGCCGGGAAGCGAACUCCCAUGUGUGCUCACUGCAAUCAAGUCAUCAGGGGACCUUUCCUCGUGGCUCUGGGGAAGUCUUGGCACCCGGAAGAAUUUAACUGUGCUCACUGCAAAAACACGAUGGCCUACAUUGGAUUUGUUGAGGAGAAGGGAGCACUGUAUUGCGAGCUAUGUUAUGAGAAGUUCUUUGCUCCUGAAUGUGGUCGCUGCCAGAGGAAGAUACUUGGAGAAGUCAUCAAUGCCCUGAAACAAACCUGGCACGUGUCCUGUUUUGUGUGCGUGGCCUGUGGAAAACCCAUUCGCAACAAUGUUUUCCACUUGGAGGAUGGAGAGCCGUACUGCGAGACCGAUUAUUAUGCCCUUUUUGGAACAAUAUGCCGUGGAUGCGAAUUCCCCAUUGAAGCUGGAGACAUGUUCCUUGAAGCUCUGGGUUAUACCUGGCAUGAUACUUGCUUUGUGUGCUCGGUGUGUUGUGAAAGUUUGGAAGGGCAGACAUUUUUCUCCAAGAAGGAUAAGCCACUUUGCAAAAAACAUGCUCAUUCUGUGAAUUUUUGAAGAUCAACAGUUCCAGGAAAGAGAAGAAAUCUGAAGAAAAAGGGGGGAAAUUGAAAUUACCAUUUAAUUUUUAGUUUUAAUAUUUAUAUGAAGUUCUAAAAUAGUAGUAGCCCUGAAUGGAUGAAUGCCAACAUUAAAAACAAAGUCUGUGAGAAAAUGUUUGGCUUCAGAAAGUUACAGACAGUUUGGGAUUUAUUAUGACUAGCCUGUAUUUUCUGCCCAUGAAGUAGUCUUUAUAAAAAUCAAUUUCCUGAUUAUUAAAUUCAUCUUAGAAUAAAUUAGCAAAGGAUUACACUUUAGAAUUAAAAACUCUAGCCUCUAUGCUGAAGUGAUACUUUCCUUUGUUAGGUAGCUAUGAGAACUCUCAGAAGGCAAUAAAAGUGCCUUAAACUUUAUUCAUAAGAAUAGUUGUUUAAUGAACCUAUCUUUAAAAUAGUAAGUAAGAGUUUAAAUAAAUUUGUGAGUAGGUGGUGUCUUUUUCUUUUUAGUAUGUGUACAUGCUUUGGUAUUCUAUCAUUAGUUCUUUCAGUAAGACGGUCCAGGGAAGUUUUGAUCAAAGUGUGACAUGCCAUAAGAGAUGCUGUGAUCUCUUGUGUCCUUCCAAAGGCUGCCAUUGUUGCUUAAAGAUUGCAGAUGCUGGCGUCCUCCAGCUGGGGCAGUUUGUUUGCGUUGUGUGUGGCUCACUACCUGGGCUAGGCUGCCGUGCUUCUUAGGCUGAGGUGAAGAUAAUUCAGUAGUGUUAGGCUUUAAUAGUUGUCUUUCUCUCUCUCUUUUUAAGAGGAUAGGUAGAAGAUAAAGGGUCUAGAAAUUGGGAAAAUAAAGCAACUGUACCUGGAAAGUAGAAUGAGCCACUACCCCCUUUCAGAUAAUGAACUGGUUGGUUUUUACAGUUGUGUCACUGACUGGAGAGUCAGAAACUACUCCUUGCCCAGUAAUAUUUUUGGAUUGACAGUUAUGAUAAGAUCCAAGUUUGUGUUGUUACUGUGUUUUUUCUUAUUUGGAGUUGUUCUGGGAUUUUGUUUGUUUAAUUUUUUUUUUUUUUUGUCUAGGAUUCUUUUCUAUCAGUAAGAAGUAAAUCCCCUCCAAUUGUGUGAUCAUGGAGUUAGGCAACUCUUACUCACUGGCAUUUGGUAGUGCAGGGGGUACUGUGAUCCAUUACUCACAUGGUCCUGGAAUUUGUUCUCUAUGAUUGGGCCGAGCAUUGUUUAGGUACCACUUGUAGUCAGGAAAGUGACCGUGAGAAAGCCAUGCAGUGUGGCUCACUACCCAGUGAGAAAACAAAUUAUGCCAUUUAAUAUUUUUUUCUCUUUGUUUCUACAAUGAAUGAAAGCCCAUGGCCCUGCUGAGUUAUAGCUAAAUCUGUUGAGAGCAUGGUACUUUCAAAAUUCAGACAGCGUCCUCUGGUUUUUGCUAUCCCAUCCUUCAAGAACACCUGUGCAUCCACAUGUGUAUGUGUGAUGUGUGUGUGUGUGUGUGUGUGUGUGUGUGUGUUGUAGAGGAGAUCUUAGGCUACGGUAUUUGUUUAACCUCCCUAAGAACUUUCAAGGUUUCUGUCCUGAAAGCUGCUAACUUAUGGUCUAGGAAAUUUAUAUUAUAUGCAGAUAAUAAUGAACUGGGGGAUAAAUGAGCAGGAAGGGUGACACGUCACAAACCAGAAGUGUCUCCAGUAGCAGCCCAGACUACUUCUCACCUGUGCUUGUGGGGAGACAGGAAAUGUCUUCAGAAGUCAGUGCUGAAACUUCAUGCUGUUGCAGUGACCAAUAGCAGACUCACUGGCUGGGGGUGCAUUGUUUCUGAUCUGAAUGUCAGGCUUUGGCUUUAUACUAUGAAAUAAGUUAGUGAUUUUUUUUUUGAUGUGAUGGUGGUUUUUUUGAUUUUAGAUGAUAUGCCAUGACAUAUUUGACAACUCUUUGGCAUUUGCAUAUUCAAAGCAUUUUCUUUGACUUGGAUUUUUUAUAAAGUUAUCUUUCUUUAAAGGAUUUCAUUUUUAUUAAACCUUUGUUUCUCUGUUACUUGUGUAUAUAAUGCUGUAUUUCUCCAAAUUUAAUCCCCAAAACAGUAGUGUGGCUUGCUAAUGUGGCAUUGUGUCUUUAUUUUUUGCCUACCAUGUUGUAUGGCAAGUUUUGUAUCUGUUCUUAAAACAGUGGCUCCUGGGAAAUGAGUUCUCACCAUAACCAGAAGAGUCUUCUUCAGUGAGGAUCAGCAUGCUUAGUUUUCCAGCAUGGACCUUUUAGUACCUGGCACAGCACUUUACCCUUCUGGCGAGCUCCCUGAGUAUUUAUUAUAAGUCUUCUGUGUCAGCAGCAUUUUUCAUUACUGUGUUUUCAAUGUAGAGCAUUGAGUUCUCCUCAUGCUAGAUGUGUCUUUUGAAGGCUGUACUUGAUUAGCCCCGGAUGAAACAAUAGUGCAUGAUUCUUUACGUCCUUUAUUCCAUUUCUCAUUUUUCAGACUUUGAUGGGCCCAAAAGGACACUGUUCUCUGAUUGUUCUGGAUCACUGUUGCCUGUUGAGGUAGCAAUCUCUGCUUAUGUUCCUAGCAACUCUGUGCUUCCCAUUGGUAGGGUUACCUUCGCCAUGUAAACCUGAAGCCUAAUUAUUUGGCCACAAUAUUAAAACAAAAGUAAUCGUUUAUCUUUUGAAUAUUAUAUAAAACUGUGUUUAAAAUGAUCUACAACAAAAUGCACUCUUUUCAAGGAACGCUGGGUCAGACGCACUUCCAUAGACAAGUCACUGCUGCGGUGUGGCACCAGUGUUGCCUUACUGGUGUAGGUAGGCAUUUGCAGUUCAGUCAUCUCCAUUGGAGCGCGGGAAGCAGACGGUAGUUGUACACAAAUGAACCCUCAUUUCCGUCUGCCCCUCACCUCCACAUGUCUAAGGUGGAUUUAGACAGGUAACGUGUCAUUUGCCACUGUCGAUUCUUGUCUUUUGUUUCUUUGCAUUUUUAAGUUUGUGAGCAGCUGCUCUUUGCUUUUGGAUGUAUUUUCUAAUUAAAAAAAUCACACAAGAAAUGUAACCUGUGUAGUGAUACCUUAAUGAGCACACACUCAAUAAACAACUGUAAUGGUUGA